AUGGAGAUUGUAGUUGUCACUCGGCUGCAGAGAGAGGUUCCCUGUGCUAGCUCGUUGACAUCUUCUUCCACCGCGAAGAAAAACGUGAUGGUGGGCUUUGACGAUGUAUUUCUUGAAGUUUUGGAUAAGCUCACUGGAGAUCAACUCAACUGCCAAGUCAUCCCAACUGCCAAGUCAUCCCAUUCACAGGGAUGGGUGAAAUUGAUUGAGUUAAGCAUGGCUGCUUAUGCAGCUCUGGUUUCUCUUAUGCAUAUCAUAGAUACUCUUCACAAACAUCCUUCCCCUCCAAUUUCUAUUGACAAAAAACAAGUUGAAUCUCUCACUCAAAUUGUUACCUUCUUGCAAGAAUCUCUUGAUGGAUAUAUUUCCCCUGUUGUUGCUGAUGGCCGUGAAGCUGAUCCAUUGGAGCGUCGCAUUGCUGAUGCAGUUUAUGCAGCUGAGGAUGUUAUCGAAUCCCAUAUUGUGCUAAAUAUUCACACAUCUUCCACAAUGCAUGAAGACAUCAUCAAUAAAUCCCAAAUCGUGGCUCAAAAUGGUAGACGAUCCACGAUACGUGGGAAGAUGAACAGCUUGUUUCGAGGUGUGUGUAAAUGCACAAGCCCAACCACAACUGCAACCGCAACUGCAACUGCAACUAUUGAAGAUGACUUCUUUCAUGAGCUUCAACAAGUGAUAGAAGAGUUGAGUCGGAUAAAGAAAGAAGCCAUGGAGACUGUAGUUGUCACUCGGCUGCAGAGAGAGGUUCCUCGUGCUAGUUCGUUGAUAUCUUCCUCCACCGCGAAGGAAAACGUGAUGGUGGGCUUUGACGAUGUUUUUCUUGAAGUUUUGGAUAAGCUCACCGGAGAUCAACUAAACUGCCAAAUCAUCCCAAUCACGGGGAUGGGCGGAAUUGGUAAGACCACUCUUGUCCGAAAUCUAUUUGAGAAUGCACUUGUUAAGGAGCAUUUUGAUAUUCGUGCUUGGACUACAAUUUCUCAAACUUAUAGUGUUAGAGAGACACUUAGAGGAGUUCUUUUUCAAGCAAGUGGUGAUUCAAGUAGUGAUUUGAGUGAGGAAGAAUUGGGGGGAAAAUUGUACAAGUUUUUAUAUGGUAGGAGGUAUCUUGUUAUACUUGACGAUAUGUGGAGUAUAGAGGUGUGGGACAAGAUCAAAGCUUUCUUUCCGAACCCUUAUGGCGAAAAUAGGAGUCGAAUAAUCAUAACAACUAGACUAACAAACUUGGGUUCACAGUUGAAUGAGUCUUAUAGAGUUGGUAUGAAAUUUCUAGAUGAGGCUAGCAGUUGGGAAUUGUUUUGUAAGACAGUGUUUGGAAAAGAAAGUUGUCCUCGUGAGUUAGAGAAUAUUGGAAAGAAUAUUGUAGCAAAUUGUAAAGGGCUUCCUCUAUCAAUUGCUACGAUUGGAGGUCUUUUGGCAAAAUCUAAGCAUACAAGAGAAAAUUGGGAACUUAUAGAGCAAAAUUUAAAUUCUAUUGUUAUUAAUGAUAAUGAUGAAUUUUGCUAUAAAAUAUUGAGGAUGAGCUAUAUCUAUGUGCCAAACUAUUUGAAGCCAUGCUUUUUGUAUAUGGGUGUUUUUGAGGAAGAUCGUAGGAUCCGCGUCUCAAUGCUCAAGAAGUUAUGGGUUGCUGAAGGAUUUUUAAAACCAAUGAGUGGAAAAUGUAUGGAAACAACUGCGCAAGAGUACUUGAAAGAGUUGGUUGGUAGAAAUCUCAUUUUAGUUGAUAAGUUAGGGUCUACUGGAAAUGUUAAAUAUUGUAAAAUUCAUGACUUGAUGAGAGAUAUGUGUUUGAAAGAAGUUGAAAAGGAAAGGUUUUAUCGUGUCGUAAGAGAUGAUCCUACAACAAAUAACAGCGAACGUCGGGUUGUUUUUCCAUUUAAGACUCCAGGGUUGUCAAUAAAUGAAGUUUUGGGAUCUUUAUCACAUGCUCGUUCCAUACUACGUGAUUACGGGAAGGGGGAUGGAGAAGUUCGAUUGCCUCGCAAUCUUAGGUUGCUGAGGACAUUCAAAGCAUAUUAUGUAGACACUUUCAGUGGUGCUUAUUUCCUAGAUAAUGUGUUUGAAUUGGUGAACUCACGGUACCUUGCUGUUAGAGUUCAUGAAAAGUCGAAAUUCCCCGCUUCGAUUGAUCUGCUUUGGAAUCUUCAUACAUUGAUUAUUCAUUGCUUGGAUGAUCUUAUCGCACCGAUUGAAAUUUGGAAACUGCAUCAACUUCAGCAUCUCGAGUUUAGGCGCCGCAAAUUGAUGCUCCCGGAUCCUCCUAGUGGCAACAAUGACAUUGUUUUCAUGGAGAAUUUGCAGACACUCAAAGGAGUUCUGAAUUUGUUUUUGAAUGAGGAUGUGGUUAGAAGAAUUCCUAAUGUAAGGAAAUUGCUUCUAAUGUAUAAUGUGAAACAAAUGAAGGGAGAAAAUUGUCUCAGCUAUCUUCAGUGUUUGAGUAAAUUGGAAAACUUUUGUUGCUUCACCAGAAAUGGAUGUGAUGAGUAUUGGCAGUGGAUAAGGUUCCCACACUCCAUUAAGAAGUUGUGUAUUGUUGCCUCUUAUGAUAUGGAAGUGGAGGACAUAAUGCCAAAGAUUGGUUCAUUGCCUCUUCUUGAGAAGUUUGUAUUGAAAUAUGGUUUCUUCAGAACAGGCAAGUGGGAAACAGUUAAAGGCCAGUUCUCGAGCCUCAAGUUUCUACAUUUGGAUCUUUGUAAUAGUCUAGAAGAUUGGAUUGUGUCAGACAGGUCUCACUUUCCACUUCUGCAGAAGCUUCGUCUUUGUAGUUUAGUUCAACUGGAGGGGAUCCCAGCCGAAGUCGGAGAAAUAGCAACCUUGAUAUCGAUUGAUGUGGAAUAUUGCAGUGAAUCGGUGGUGGUGUCAGCUAAAAAGAUUGUAGAGGAACACGAAGAUUUAUAUGGAGACCAACUAGACCUUUGCGUUCGAGUCAAGGUUUGGAAGAAAGAUGAAUCACUGAAGAGCUUGGCAAGUGCCAACUUUGAAGUUGAAGUGUGGUAG